AUUUAGGUUUCCGGGGUUAACUGAAGUGCGACCUCACCCAUUUGAGUAACGUGAAGACAUCCAGCCUGCAAGUCACAGUAUGCUGUUCAAUUCUUUAUUAUUACUAACGGCAUUUAUGUUUUGUCUUAGUCUUUUCCUGGUGCACAGGGCCAGCGUUUUAGAAAAUGAUUUUCGGAAACUCCAGGGGGACUUAAUUCUACAAUUAAAUCAGCCACGUUCUGAGGGAGUCAAUGGGAAAAUGGCCAAGAUGUCUAAAACAAGGGAGGACAUUAAGCCAAGUUCUUUCCAAAAAGCUUGGAGUUCUCUAAAGAUGUCCUUUAGGAGAGUAAAACGGGAACAAGGCAGCUGCAGAGGUUCAACAUUCCUGCAGUUAACUGCUAACGCUAACAAACAGCCAGACGUACGAGGAAAUAUAACUGUGAUCCCUUGGACUGUUUCUGCACAGCAAGGAAAUGCAAUUUCACAAAAGGAAAACAGAAUUGUUGUCCAAGAAGACGGUUAUUACUUGGUGUUUGGACAAGUUUUGUUCAAAAGCCCAGGCGCGGUUAUGGGUCAUAUUAUCCGAAGCUGGAGCUCCCCCGAGACGACAUCGACGGAGCUGUUGCGCUGCCUGCAAGAGAUGCCUGAUGCAACUCCUGCCAACACAUGCCACACUGCAGGUAUUGUGCAGCUGCACCAGGACGAUGAGCUGGAACUGGUGAUCCCAAACAGGCCCCAGGCCCUCGUCUCAAUGGACGCAGACUCAACCUUUUUUGGUGUCAUACAGCUAAACUGAAACAAGACGGGAUGUAGGCGAUAACCACGCUGCUCACUGUUGCAGGAAGUGGGAGGCUGACUGAGCUGCGUGAGGACACACUGAUAAAGGACUGAGAGACAGCAGCAGGAAAACUGUUGGAGCCUGUCACUCAUCUCAGGAAAAGAUAUAAUCAACGUUUUAAUUGAGCUGCCCCUCUGACAGUUAUUCAUCCUUUAAGCAUUUAUGCAUGUCUUUCAGGUAGUCCACCUGGGCCUGUCUCUGCAUAUUUAUGUGUGCCACCACCUCCUUUCAUCAGUCUAUUUUUUGCAUGUCUCUUUAUACCUUGCUGGGCCGCUUCCCUCCAGCUCCACCUCCGCACUCUCUGUUUAUUUGUUCCCCUCAUCUAUUUUUGAAUGGUUUCCAUUUUCCCCUAAGACUAAGACAGGAACAAACAAAAGUGUAAAUUUAUAUCACUCCGGAGGUGUUUUCCUGGUUGAAAUGUACCUCCUCAAUUCUGUUAAUGCUUUAAUGACGAAAUGCAAGUUGUCAUAAAUAGGAUAAUGUGCUUUAGUGCAAACAUAUUGACACUUGGUUUUCAGUUACUGACUAAUUCUAAAUCAACUUAUCUAUAAUACAUUAAUUUAUAAAUCACAUUUAAAACAGAAACAACAGUUUUAAAUUAAAUUUAGAAGGGUAUUUUUCAAAGCUUUAUAGAAAGUGAUGUAUCAGGGGUCAAGACUUGUCUGUCUAAAUAUAGUCCACAGUGUCUA